UGGGCGCGCGGCCCUCGGCGACGAGCGCCCGGAUCCUGGCCUCCACUGAGCACCAGCGUAAGUGUCUCCGCACAGCCUUCCGAACCUGCGGGACAGCCCUCGGCCGGGGCCCUCGAGACGCCGCGGAGCUUCGCUCCAGUAUAGCUUCUCCCCCUCUGGAACCGGCUGGUGGAGGGCUGUGUUGACGGCGGCCUGAGAAACAGGGCUGCCCCCUCGUCACUUGUAGUACCUGUAGGACUUGAAGAGCCCUAGCCCUGGCCAAAUCUUUGCAUAGAAGCCCAGAUCAUCUCUUAUCAGUAUCGCAAUUCGUGCCCCCUUACCUGCCACUGAAGUAAAAUUGAAAGGAGGCUGUCAUCUAGAGAAGCCUUACUUCUUUCAGCCAUGAAGGCAGACACGGGGCCCCCCACCCAGGAGACCCAAGCAGAGUCCUGCUGUAACUUCAGUAACCUGUGGAGUAGCCGGAAGCUGAUGGUUGUGGGGGUCUUGCUCGGCUGGCUCCUGGUCAUCCACCUCCUGGUCAGUGUGUGGCUUCUGUGCCUUCUCUUUGCACUAUUCAUGGUGCUGGGAGGGUGGCUGGGCUCCAGUGCCAUUGUGGGAGCUUCAGGUCGACUCCACUUGGAACGCUUCAUCCCAGUAGCCACCUGCCCUCCAUGCCCUGAGGCAGAAAGACAGCUGGAACUGGAGAUUGACCGCACCAUCCAGAUGAUUAUUCGUGAUUUUGUGUUAUCUUGGUAUCGUUCAGUGAGCCAGGAACCAGCCUUUGAGGAAGAGAUGGAAGCGGCCAUGAAAGGGUUGGUACGGGAACUUCGGAGGAGGAUGGGCAUGGUGGACACCCAUGCUCUUGCCCAGAGGGUUCUGACUCUCUGUGGUUGUCACCUGCAGAGCUACAUUCAGGCAAAGGAGGCCACUGAAGGGAAGCAGAGUGGUACAGUUCAGCCCUCCCAGCUCUGGGAGGCAUACUGCAGGGCUACUGCCCCACAUCCUGCUGUGCACAGCCCCAGUGCUGAGGUUGCACAUACACGUGGCAUUGUGAAUUUGUUGCUUCAAGGUCUGGUGCCCAAGCCCCACUUGGAAACUAGGACUGGACGCCAUGUCGUGGUUGAACUCAUUACUUGUGGUGUAAUCUUACCACUGAUCAACAAGCUGACAGAUCCUGAUUGGAUCCACCUUAUACUUGUGGGUAUCUUUUCCAGGGCCAGAAAUGAUCCUGUACAAGCAGCUAAACCAUUCUACACCCCUGGUGCUCUGGAGCAGCCCUCAGUGCCCACAUCUCUACCACUGAGUCUUGAGGUGGAGAGUCUGCCAGAAGGGAGAGACCCUUCUCCAGGAACAGCCACAGUGCUUCUAAACUACAGUGAAGCAGGCCCCUCCCCUGAGAUUGAAGAAGGCCAUGAAGCUAUAGAGGAAGAUUUGGGUGGGAUUAUUGAAGAAAGAAAAAUAGGAAACAACUCAACUCAUUUUCUACAGCCAAAUAUUCGAGGCCCCUUAUUCUUAUGUGAAGACUCAGAGCUAGAGUCUCCUCUCUCUGAACUGGGUAAAGAAACCAUCAUGCUAAUGACCCCAGGUAACUUCCUCUCUGACAGGAUCCAGGAUGCUCUGUGUGCCCUAGAAGAUACCCAGGUUCUGGAGCCUAAGGAUGGUGAGGGGUCCGAGGGUACUGAAGGAACAGAGGCUGAGGAGGGUCCAGGGACAGAAAUAGAGUCGGGUCUGCUGGUAUCUGUGCUAAACUCCUGCCCAGAAAUCCAGAUUGACACUGCAGACAAGGAGGUAGAACAAGAUGUCACCUCCCUUACAGCUUUGCUGGAGGAAUCAGAAAAGAACUGCCCUGCACGACCCUCAUGCUUAGAGAAGGAUCUCACAGAUGGUUACGAGACAGCCCUUAACAGUGAGAACAGCAGUGGCCUUCAGCAGCUGGCCUACCACACUGUAAACCGCCGCUACCGGGAGUUCUUGAACCUGCAGACCCGUCUGGAGGAGAAACCAGAUCUACGGAAGUUCAUCAAAAAUGUAAAGGGUCCAAAAAAGCUCUUUCCAGAUCUUCCCUUUGGAAACAUGGACAGUGACAGAGUAGAAGCCCGUAAGAGCCUCCUGGAAUCAUUCCUAAAGCAACUCUGUGCUAUUCCUGAGAUCGCUAACAGUGAGGAGGUACAGGAGUUCCUUGCUCUGAACACUGAUGCUCGUAUUGCCUUUGUCAAGAAACCAUUCAUGGUCUCUAGAAUAGACAAGAUGGUGGUGAGUGCCAUUGUGGACACGUUGAAGACAGCAUUUCCCCGCUCUGAGCCCCAGAGCCCCACAGAGGAGCUGAGUGAAGCUGAGAACGAAAGCAAGCCACAGACAGAAGGCAAGAAGGCUAGCAAGUCAAGAUUGAGAUUCUCCUCCAGCAAAAUUGCUCCAGCACUGAAUGUGACAGAAACACAUGACAGGAUUCUCUAUUGUCUGCAGGAAAGCAAUGCGGAGUCAGAGAUCCUGUCCAUGUCUGGAAUGGAAUCCUUUAUUAAAAAGCAGACAGAAAUACUGGGAAUGCAGCCAACAGAAGCCUCAGAACAAAUCCCCAAGAGAUAUGUGGACAGUUGCUUGUCAGGUGCAGCUGUGUCAGCCCAACACCUGAGCAGCAGUGAUCCAGGUGCAGAGACAGAGUUAGCUGACACAGCACUGGAUCUGAUCCUCUUGCUCUUCAUGCAGCAGUGGAAAUGGCUGUGCACUGAAAACAUGCAGAAAUGUCUCCGUCUUGUCUUUGGAACCCUUGUUCAGAGGUGGCUAGAGGUGCAGGUGGCUAAUCUAACGUGUCCACAGCACUGGGUUCAAUACCUCCAGCUUCUUCAGGAGUCCAUCUGGCCUGGUGGAGUUUUGCCUAAGCUUCCACGACCUGUGAGGACUCAGGAGCAGAAGGUGGCUACUGAGAAACAGGCUCUGCAGAGUCUUAUGGGAGUCUUGCCAGAUUUUUUAGUAGAAAUUCUAGGAGUAAACAAAUGCCGGCUGAGCUGGAGUCUCAUCUUGGAGUCUGUACAGCAACCCCUCAUCAACAGGCAUUUGAUUUUCUGCCUUGGUGACAUCAUCCUGGAGUUCCUGGGUCUCUGUGCCUCUGCUGAAGACCCUGCCUCAACCACUACCACCUCAGAUGCCCCAGGCAGCCCCAAGAGGACAGAUCUCCCCUCUUAGUGGGGUUACUCAUGCCUUCUCCCAAGGUCAGGCAAGGGGAUUCAGUCCCCUAUGUCCUGUCAGGACACCUGUACCCUGGGGACUAGGCUGUGGCUCAGAAGGCCUGCUCUUCAGUGGCUCGAUUCUCCUGGUCCUACUCCUGUUGCUGGAAGUGACAAGGGGAUCUCUCUAUAUAUAUAUCAAUUGCAUGUAGCCAUUUCCAUAGCUUUUUGUGGAUUGUUGCUAAUAGGUAAAUCCUGUUUGCUUUGGAGGAGGAAGCUAUGAAAUAAAGGAAUGAGCCCGUUUCCUUCUCUUUUUGCCUUGCUCCCUAAGUCUGUUUGCCACAAACCUGGCCCUGUGCAUAUAUGUGACUAAUUCACCAACACACAGCUCUAGAUAGAAUGGGGGGAGGGGGGACCUAUAGCCAGGUUUCCUUGGAGGAGAAAAUAAUCUUUUGAGCUCUCUGUUCUACCUGAACUGAAAAUUCAUUCAGGGCCACUCUUGGAAGACCCCAAAUCCUAUCCAGUUUUCCCACAAUUCUAGAAGAAGAUGGAAGAAAAAUAUUUCUUAAGGGACAUGUCAGUCCUUGGCUGUUUUCCAGCCUAGCAGCCUUAUGGAGAUGUCAUGAAGGCGGCUUCCCGGGGAGGCUACCCUUUUCCUGUCCAGGCUUCAAAGCGAACUGCCAGAUCUUCUGGUAAAUCCACCCCACCCUGCACACCCUUUCCUGAAAGGGAGUUGCACCACAGAUUUUAUGAGCUUUUCUUCCAGCCCCCUGCUCAAGAGCCCUUGAGCUUUUGGAUUUGUGACCUUCCCUCUGUCUCAGCAGAAUCGCCUGGCAUUAUGUAUUCAGCCUCAGUGUUUCCAAAGAGAAAGGAAAGCUCUGGCUCUGGAUGAGAAGGCCCAGAUAAUAGAAAGCCAGGGGAUCAGGGGGCCUCCUUCACAAGUCUUUGGCAGGAAUCUUUUAUUCUGAACAGAUAGUAUUAGCAGACGUACAGAGAACAGCUUUUGCUUCCUGCUCCUUAAGGAUCUGGUCUUAACCCAGCAUGAGGCAAACAUGCUGUGGAGCGUAUUGUUCCCUAGAAAGAUGGAGUGGUUCACAGGAACUGCUGAUAGAAAAGGAAGCAGAUACAGAGUCCUGGGGAAGUGCUGCCCACUAAAUUCAUGUGAAUGACUGGCAGGAGAGGUUUUCAGGGUACCACUGGACAUACAUCACGGCUGUCCCCUCAGCCCUGCUUUCAGGAACCAUAAGUGCCUCCCAUUUGGAGGAGGUUCCUAGAGUUACUCCGGUGAGAAGGGCAUGGGGCAUCAAGGACCAAUUUAGAGUCCUUUUAGACUCAAGUAGGUAAUGAGCACACAAUUAAAAUUGUUUGUAGAAAAAAGUUGUGAAAUUGUGUUACUUUCCUGUCUGCACCCCA